UUUCCUCUCCUGCUCUCUCUUUACCCCUCUCCACUCCUAACCUGGCGGAGGGGACACCAGGUGACAAACAAUAUCCGUGCUUCUUUGGGGGGCUCCUGUGGUGCGCCGGAAGGGGCACAGGAACCCCACAUAGGACCAGCCAGCUUUGUUUUCUAGGCUAAGGGUACUUUGGCCGGCAGGCCUAGGUACUCCUGCGACUAUUUAAGAGCAGUUUUUUCCCUUAGGGUUUUGGGCUCCCUUCCCAGGCUGACGCUUUUUCACUUUCUUGGAACCCAGAAGUCAGUUCGAGAUACAAGCGCCCUGAGUGGAAGUGUUAAGAACCUUCGUGUGGCUCUACACACCAAAGGGAUCUCGAGGGUAGGGCGCGAGAUGAACUUGAACCCCCCAGAGGGACUCUGGAGGUGCAUGAGAGAGGGUUGGGAGAGGGGUGUGAUGAGACUGGGGCCGGGAAAAAAAGUCUGGACAAUUUCAACAACUUUGGUGGCGGCGGGAUAGCCAGCGCUGGAGCAGGGAUUUCAGGUUUCCGAGCGGGCUUGGAGUUGUCUGAUUUAGCUGAGGCUCUGCAGGGACACGCAAGAGGCGAGGUGCCGCUUGUUCCGACAACCAGGCGGGCAGACUAGCAGUGGCGACGCGCGGGGAGAGCUAGCCCUGUCAUCUAGGGGGUGUCGGCGGGAGUGGCCCAGCCAGUCCGACGGGUUUGUGCAGGGAGCCAGGAGCCCUUGCCAGAGGCGCCCAGGCUGGGCCGCUUCGCGUCUGUGCGCGCCCCGGGCCGCGUUCCGGCUCCGGCUCCCGCUCUCGGAACCCGGUCCGGGGACCAACCGAGAUCGGAGCAGUCGCAGCCGACGAGCGCACGGCUCCGAGGUCCUAGGGAAGGCGACUCGCGACCAGGCGGAGGACAAGGGUUAGCGAAGCGGGCGGGUUGCUCCCAGGCGGGACGCCGGGCCAUGGAGGAGCAGCGAGGCAGCGGGCAGCCGAGUCCCGAGUCCCAGGCCCCGCUGCGCAACAGAGAAUCCCGGGGCCGGAGAGCGGCGGGAAGCACCUCCCAGGCGCAGAACUCGGUGGGCAGCGGCCAGCGGGUCCCCGGAGCUCCAGCUCGCGGCGCGCGACCCCCGCUCCAUCCCGAGGACCGUCACGACGGCACCAGCAACGGGACGGCACGGUUGCCCCAGCUGGGCACUGUAGGUCAAUCUCCCUACACCAGCGCCCCGCCGCUGUCCCACACCCCUAAUGCCGACUUCCAGCCUCCCUACUUUCCCCCGCCCUACCAGCCUAUCUACCCCCAGUCGCAAGAUCCUUACUCCCACGUCAACGACCCCUACAGCCUGAAUCCCCUGCACGCCCAGCCGCAGCCGCAGCACCCGGGCUGGCCCGGCCAGAGGCAGAGCCAGGAGUCUGGGCUCUUACACACACACCGGGGGCUACCCCACCAACUGUCAGGCCUGGACCCUCGCAGGGACUAUCGGCGGCACGAGGACCUCUUACACGGCCCGCACGGGCUCGGCUCCGGGCUCGGGGACCUCCCGAUCCACUCCUUACCUCACGCCAUCGAGGACGUCCCGCAUGUAGAAGACCCGGGUAUUAACAUCCCAGAUCAAACUGUAAUUAAGAAAGGCCCUGUGUCCCUGUCCAAGUCCAACAGCAAUGCCGUCUCCGCCAUCCCUAUCAACAAGGACAACCUCUUCGGUGGCGUGGUGAACCCCAACGAAGUCUUCUGUUCAGUUCCGGGUCGCCUGUCGCUCCUCAGCUCCACCUCGAAGUACAAGGUCACGGUGGCGGAAGUACAGCGGCGCCUCUCACCGCCCGAGUGUCUCAACGCUUCGCUCCUGGGCGGAGUACUGCGGAGAGCGAAGUCUAAGAAUGGAGGGCGAUCUUUAAGAGAAAAACUGGACAAAAUAGGACUGAAUCUGCCCGCAGGGAGACGUAAAGCCGCCAACGUCACCCUUCUCACGUCACUAGUGGAAGGAGAAGCCGUCCACCUAGCCAGGGACUUUGGGUACGUGUGUGAAACCGAGUUCCCUGCCAAAGCAGUAGCAGAAUUUCUCAACCGACAACAUUCCGAUCCCAACGAGCAAGUGACAAGAAAAAACAUGCUUCUGGCUACAAAACAGAUCUGCAAAGAGUUCACUGACCUGCUGGCUCAGGACCGAUCUCCCCUGGGGAACUCGCGGCCCAACCCUAUCCUGGAGCCUGGCAUCCAGAGUUGCUUGACCCACUUCAACCUCAUCUCCCAUGGCUUCGGCAGCCCGGCGGUGUGUGCAGCGGUCACCGCCCUGCAGAACUAUCUCACCGAGGCCCUCAAGGCCAUGGACAAAAUGUACCUCAGCAACAAUCCCAACAGCCACACGGACAACAGCGCCAAAAGCAGUGACAAAGAAGAGAAACACAGAAAGUGAGGCUCUCCUCCCGCCCGCCCCCGCCCGCCUCACCGGCCGGCGUCCCCACUCGCCCCUCCCCCACCCGGCAGGUGACAGCUCCGGGACCAGCCACUCCUACUGCUGCUGCUACUCUCUGCGCUGCCGCGCCGCCCUUCGUCUCCGCAGUCCUCCGGAUUGCUCUCUCGACUGCCAGUGGGGCUGCCGCUUCCUACUCAGCGCCUUGCCUCAACUUCCCCAUCAGCACCAACACCCCCUUUACCCUCGUGUGGAGCCUAAGAGAACAGAACAGGUCGUGAAGCCAGCAAAGAAAAGUUCUGUCGCGUUUGUGAAACUUUUUUUUUUUAAAUCAACAACAAACAUUAAAACUUUUUUUUUUAAAAAAAGGACGUAAAAAAUUUAAAAAGUAUAUGAGCUUCAUGGGACUAACUCAUCGCCUUCCCUUGCAUACUUCAGAUUGUAGCCAUACUUUAAAAAAAAAAAGGCAAAGAGGAUAAUGACAUUUUUUAUCAGUAUUGUGAAUAAACUUGAACACAAAUCCAGAAGUUCUAUGUCCUGUCUUCAGUUGUAGAAGUUGUCUCUGCAAGGUACAACCACCCAUUUGAACUUCCUCUGAUGACACAAUCCACAAUUCUAUAAGGGAAUCAGUGUUCACGUCUCUGUAUAUAUUUAUUUAUGUGUAAUUUAAUGGGAUUUGUAAAUAUGGUGAGUCUGCCUUUUUUUAUUUAUCUGGUGAUCUCGUUUACCUCCUUGUUUAGUGGGCUUUGGAUCGAUCGUCCUUCUUAGUUCUUCAGUGGUUUUACUUAGAAAUCCAAGGUUUGGGUAAUACCCCCCCCCCGCCCCCUUUCUGGAAUUCAUGGAUUUAGCCCCGUGGUAGCAUGUUAACAAUGAUAAUGAAACAGCUGAACAAAACAUUUUUAAGGUAAAAUAAAAAUUUAUAUAUAAUUAGUAUUACAUUUAGCUUUUCAUUGAACUGACAAGAAAAAAAAUCAGUGAUAUUGGGACACUGGAAAAAAUUUUCUUAAACUGGAGUGAUUUGAUAAUCCUUCUAUGGUAUCAUGGGGAGAAAAAAAAUAAAGUUUAUUUGAGUUCACUGUCCUCCCUUCAAAGCGUCCUCUGAGCAAUAAAGAAUAUUGUCUUUAAACCAAGGGUUAGGGAUUUCUCUGCUCUCUCUCUCUCUCUCUCUCUCUCUCUCUCUCUCUCUCUCUCUCUCUCUUUGUUCAACUGUCUUCACUGGCCACAUCGGAAGCAGUUCUAGAUGUACUGUGUUGAGUUGCUCUGGCAGUAGCCUCUAUGCCUGUCAAUGUAUCAUAGUCCUUUGUUGCCCAGAUAAAUAAAUAUUUGAUACGCUUUA